AUGGCCCCAGUUUACAUGGCCUUCCUCCGUUUCAUGGGGGAUGAAAACGAGUCGCGCGAAUAUACCUACAGCCUUGAGGUGGGUGGAAAUGGAAGGAAGCUCGUCUGGGAAGGUACCCCAAGAAGCAUUCGAGACAGUCACCGUAAGGUCCGUGAUAGCCAUGAUGGGCUCAUUAUCCAGAGGAAUAUGGCCCUCUUUUUCUCGGGUGGGGACCGAAAGGAACUCAAGCUCAGGGUCACGGGUCGGAUUUGGAAAGAGCAGCAGGGCUCGGAUUCCGGUGUAUGCAUCCCGAAUCUCUGUAGCUGA